UCCAGACUUUUAUUUUGAAGGCCCAGCCUUGUUUUUGGCAGGGAAGGGCGGGGUUUGUUUUGAAGCAGAACACUCUCCAGGCAAGAUGGCGGCCGCGGGGUCUGUCCAACGGUCCGGGAAGGCGACGGACGCUGGCGAGUCCCGGUCCCGUACCAGACUCAGAACCGCGUGCGGACCCGCCUCCUCGUGUCCGCCCGCGAACCGCGCGGAGACCCGCGCCGCCCGCGAGCAUGUGCGAUCCGCCGGCAGCCCGCCCUGCUCGGCCCGGGGACGACGGAGGACCCAGGACGAGAGUGGCGGGGCGGCCGUAAAGGACGCCGAGCACCGGAGAGCACCGACAGACUUCUUUGUGUGUCCAAGUUUGGUCCAGAUGUCAGCAGAAGGUCCAAACAUGAAGCACAAGCUGUUGCUGUGUGAGGACCGAGAGGAAGCGAAGAGGAGGAGCAUGCGCAGAGACGAGCCGGGAGUUUUGUCGGACUCUGAGAACGAGGUGCCCAUCGGCAAGAGGAUCAGGACUCUGUCUGCCUUCGUUAGGAGAACCAGAACCUCGUCGGGCAUCGCAAGGUCUUCUCAGAGGAGCCGCAGCUGCACGCUGGAGCACAGAGGCGGCAAGCUGAAGCUGCUCUCGCAGGCGACCAUGUUGGACAGGGUCGGCAUCGGUCACAGCUUCACGGCAGGAAUCCUCCUCUCGUCCGAGAACAGCCGCUCCGUCUCGGCGCCCGUUUCCGCUCCCGAACGCCGGCCGGCCUGGCGUGCGGCGAUCACAUCGUCGGCAACGCCGCUGAGCUUCCCUCAGUUCGGAGCGGAGCGCUCCAUCAGUCCCGAGAGCAACGACAGCAUCUCGGAGGAGCUGAACCACUUCAAACCCAUCGUGUGCUCGCCCUGUACGCCGCCCAAACGCCUGGCGGACGGCCGACUGCUGGAGCCCAUCAUCAUCAAGUCCACGCCCCGGAAUCUAACGUGCGGCUUGACUAAGCCCACCAGCUACGAGGCCAGCCCGGCCGUGCUGCAGAGGUGGCGGCAGAUCGAGCUGGACCGCCAAAGUUUCAAAGUCAACUCCAAGGCCACACUGACCAGCCCCGUCAAGGAGCUCCAAGACGGCGGGGGCGUGUCCUCGGGAGUUCGGGGCGGCGCCAGCAACAAGAGAAAGCUGGUGUUCGACCCUCCGAGCGUGGACGGCGAGGCCUUUCAGAAACAGUCCGUAAAGAUCCGCGUGCCCGCCGUCCGCUACAGCAGCGAGGUGACUUUCAGAGGAAGUUCCGACUUUGACAAGACUGUGGGCGUCCCGGAGCUGCGGGGGGGAGGGGCUUUGUUCGGCCGCAGACAUUCGUUCUCGCCGUACGCGCACAAGUCGGGCUUUCAGUCCUGUAAGAUGACGCCAAAAGACUCGUCGAGCCCCCGCAUAGAGUCCGACAGCGGCGUCCACUACCAGACGACUACCUCAAAGAGGAGCAGGAAGAGCCACCAGAAAACCAAACACUUGGACCAGGACCGCGACUCGGAGGUCUUCGACGAGCGCCUCCUCCGCACCAUCCAGCAGGAAAGGCGGGACCGAGCCCUCGCCGUGAAGCUGCAGAGACAGUUUGACCGAGAGAGCAACCCUUGCCGGACCAGCCCUGACAAGUACUUCCUGCGCUCCUGGAUGUCCAAUCAGAACCGCAGGAGGCGCGGCCUACGGCGCUCUCGACGAAUCAACAAGCAGCGCUAGUCAAACCACCGAAUCCAAACUUUCUUUUUCACCUUCUAAAUGGAACUAAAUCAUGCUGUAAAAUGACUUUUCUUCUCUCCAUUGUGCUAACAUGUUGAGCUAAUGUUAGCACAAAGUUGACAAAAGACUUGGCUUCUACUGCAGUAUUUUUCCCCUCAUCUUUGCUUUUUAUCAUUGAUUCCUGAAAUCAGCAUAUUGCCUGUGUCAAAGGUGUUCAGUUUCCAUCAAUAACUUUAAACACAAACCUUUUCUACAUAUGUAACAUAUACACAUAGACAUAUACUGUAUAUUUUAGGGGGUGUCCCAAUGAGAUUGUCUCCUCCACUGAAGGGCUUUUUUUCUUGACAUGCCAGCUUUAAUUGACUUUCUUUGACAGCAAAGAUAUUAUGCACAUUUUCUAAACUAGUUGAAGAGUGUUGGACAAUGUAGCAGAGUGCCAAAUGACUGAAACUGUGACAUUUUGUAUGACAGCACGUCUAAAUUAUUAAAAAGUUGAAACAAUUAUCAACAUCAAA